UUACAUGCUCUCCGCCAUGACACUUGCCAGUCCAUGUUUUUUUUCUAAAGGAAACACUAAACUACCUGUCAGCGCCAGGAGAUGUUCCAAAACGUCGAGAUAAUAUUUUUAUUACAAUUAUUUUGAUCCAUUCAAUUAUUUAUACAACUAAAAAAAUGUCGAAAGCUGAUGCAUCGAAAGACGACGAGGAGUACUGGAACAGCAGUGAAAAACAUUCAUUCAGUUUUGAUCAGAAUACAGAGGUGGACAAUUUGUUCGGCAUCUCCAAGAGUGGUACAGCCCAGCUGAAAGCAGGAAUUUCAAAUAUUGAAGUAUCUGAGGAAUAUUUCAACUUCGAUAAUGUGACAUCGGACUCAAGGCCAUUGCUAUCUGUCAUUUCUGAGCCAACAUUUACAGCAAUUCUCAAAGCCGACAAUGGGUUCUCAGAGGUGCUCCCAGAGGAAACCCCAGCGGUGGACCCCACGAAAACCCUUCGUAGGGUUCUCCUGGGCCAGCCAUUUUCCCUCGAGGAAUACAAAUCCCUGGUCGACAAGAAAUCCCUCCUGGACGCAGCCAUCGCCUCUGGAAAUGGUGACGCAAUCCUGAUAGUCGUCCUCUUCGUCACAAAGACCUUGAAACCAGCCCUGGCUCAACGACUCCUGAUGGAGAGGCCCGAUGCCAUGAAUGUCUACGUCCACUACCUCUCGACUCGACUGAUGCUUAAUGAGAUCACUGAUUUGCUGUCAAUGCAGGGACGGCCCAUCGAUGCAGCCAUGACCAAUCUCAAUGUCAUUAUCAGGAACACGAGGGACGAGACCAGGUUACUCCAGAAGCUGAUGAAAUGUUACAAGACUCAGUUCGUAUCUUCUCCAGAGUGCAGGGAGACUCCUUUCGUUCAGAAUUAUAUAAGACUCCUGGAGUGGAAAGGGGCACUGAGGAACACGAAGUUCCACGAGGAAUUUGAUCCAGACUCUUCAGUUCUCGAUUGUCUGAGGUAUUCGUGCAGAGAUCACUGGGGAGCCUCUGAGGGCACUCUCGUGGCACCUGAAAUGCUUCUUCAUCAACACGAAAUCACCCCCAGACAGUACCAAAAGGUCGCCCUCGAGUCCAGGGUGGCUGUCAAGGCUUGGGAAGAUAUUCACAAUCUUCUUUUGUCGAAGGGGUGGAUGGGGAGUGAAAAAUUGCAAACAAAUCUUCCAAUUGAGGAUAUAUUAAAAAUUCUCCAUAAAGGAGAAGCACCAACAGCCGUUUUAGAUAAAUUCCUGAGAUACGUCGAUCCUGUCGAGAGGAGAUUGCACCUCGCAAAGGCAUUUUCAUGCCCUAAGACAGUUAUCGAGAUCUUGGGAACUCAAGGAGAUCGAACGUCCCUUUUAGAAUAUCGAGACACCCUGAUCCCCCAAUCAGAAGCUUUUUUCCUCGCCAAGCGCACCCUCUCUUCUCCCACAAUCCGUUGGAAAUCGUAAAUCAAAUGGAACUUCUCGUCUAGAGAACGUAAUUGUUUUAAAAAAAUAAUCAAUAAAAUAGAUUUUAAUAAACCGAUCUUUUCUUUCAACAGGAUUGACCAAUAAGAGAAAACUCAUUAUCUUUUGAAAACUGCAUCUUUAUUUUUGCAUAGAAAAUGUAACAAAACGUGAUGUUAAUAAAGUAAUUUAGUCAUAUAAUGAAAAAAAAAACGAUGCAUGUACCUAAACGAUACCAAAUUCCUCUCAAAGAACUCCAGUUUCUUCAUACUUCGCAUAAAAAAAACACAUGAGCCUGAGUAUACGAUUAGCCGAGUGAGUGAUCUGCAUAAAAAAAA